AGUCAUCACAUCUCACUUGCAAACAUUUGGAAGUACUCUUGUUGUAGGGAAAGCCUUGGAUAAGGUCAACUUGAUGGUUAACACUUUGGCAUUGAUGCUUUCUCCUGAAGAGCGUAAACGGUCGCGGUAUGCAGUGGAUACAUUGGCUAAUGACAGCAGUGACUUUUAUGACUCUGACUUAUUUGUUCAAGGCUUGUUAAAGAGUUCCAAAGAGUCGUUUAGCCUUCCAGUUAAAGGCAUAAUCACCAGUAGUCUGCCAAGUACUCUUGUUGACAUGGAUACCGGGGAGGUCAAACAGACUUGCCCCUUUAACGAACACAUCGUGAUUCGUAGAGAGUUUAUUGACAUCGAGUUAGCACUUUUGUCAGAAGAAGCAGAGGAUACGCCUGUUUUCCCGGAGCUGGGUUUGCUUCAUUACUCGGAAGAAAUCGGCCUCUUAGUACAAACAUUUAUGCAUGAUAUCCAAAUUCUUCCAUACGUCUGUGGUGUUCGUGAAGGAUUCAUUGACAACUUCUUACGCCUUCUCGACCGAAAAGCCCUCGCUCUCAUCAAAUACGUGGAAACGCAAUCGUCGCUCGGUACAGUACCACUUAAUGACGCGGCUAAGAGACAGUUACGUCAGGACCUACAGCUGGUUACCGAAGCUGAUUACUCCAUUGUACUAACACGUGCAGAGAAAUUACAUCCGGGGAUUUACACGUUUCUUAAAGGCGAUCCCAGGCAAAACGCGGACCGUGUCCAAGCCCUUUUCGAGUCUUUUUGACGACCUUACGAAAAGAGAAGAAACUGGGGAGAAGUAACUCUGACCAAUAGCAACUUAUCUAUCCAGCCUCGUUAUCAUGGAUCCUUAAACGAGGCUUUAGUUGCCAUUGGCUUCAGUCAGUUUCUAGAUCUUUUAGGACACGCAGAUCGCGCUUUUUGCAAUAAAGUGUUAGGUGGAUUUGAAAAGUUUUAUAACCAUUCAAUGGAAGACCGUUCCCAAGGAUAGUAUUUUGCCGCGAGAUUAAGCUCGAAAACGUGAAUGAAAAUCUGAAAUUAUAAGAACUCGCACGAAUAGGAAUAUACAAGGAAAUGAAAUCAGUCUAUAUUUUGAAAAUGAAUUCAUUUCAAUUUAACAUAUCAGUCGAUAUGAGGUGAUCCUUCAAGUUUAACCGCGCUCUAAGCAAUGCAAAAAUUUACGAAAAACUUGUAAUAAUCAGUGUUAAUAGGACAUGAAGAGGUGACUCCCGAACUGAACCUCGUCGUAUUAAAAUGCGCCAUGUUGAACUUCAUUAAAACCUGAUGUUUUCAGGCUUCGGUUUAUCGUUAUUUAGUAUAUUAAUUUUGUACUUGUAAACAAAACUUUCAAAAAUGGAUAGAUUCCAGAAUCUAACAAAAAUAAAUUUAUUUCCCCA